UCGUAACUCCGUCAGAAAGAAUAAAUCCUUCGGUGUUGUAUAUCUGUUGGUCUGCGCCUGUAAAAAUAUCGAUUAUAUCGACUUCGAUGCUAUCGCCCAAUAUCGUCAACAAAUCGUCCGAAAAGAGAAUCGCGAGUUUAUAGAUAUUUUAGCAACCGAUAGAACUCAACAAUGAAUUACUUAGAGAAUUUGUCCAUUUAUUUCGGCAAUCUAUCCUGUUUUUAUAUAUUUAGUUUAAUAACAUCUGUUGCAAUAGUUGUGCUGACAAUUUAUAUGGGUAUAGCUACGCGUUUGACGACCGUAACAACCGAUAACAUGGAAGCUCGAGGAGGAUCUUCAAAAGAGAAACUCAUUGUUACCAGUAGCAGCGCUGACGAAAGUGAAGAUAGUGAUACAAAUGAUAUGAGAAUUGAAUCAGUUCGGCAACUGAAAACUGCAAAGUUAAAGUCUUUGGAAAACACGUUAACCGAAGAGCAGAAGGAAGUAGAGAAACAAAUAGAGAAGGUUCAAUUGGCAGCCAUAUAUGAUCUUCUAAAGAAGCAAAACGAAGAAUUUUGUAUGAAUUCUAAUUUAAACGAAGAUGAACUCCAGGAGCAACUUAGCUUAUACAGGUGAAAAGGAACCGAUGCGACGCGCUAACAAUAUAUAUUGCGCUAGGUACUUUAAGUAUGUUGUAACGUAGAGUGAUCAUCAGUUUUUUUCUAGUCAUAGAAAAGUAAUUUACGCGAUAAGCAAAACUCAAAAAGUAAGUGUUAGUCAGUAAGUUUCAAAAUUUAAAUGAGUGUUUUUCGACAUUUUUCUGUGUGCCAGGAAAAAAUUACUUCUUCAGUGAUAAAAACGAGCAAUUUGAUAACAUUUUUCAUGGAUAUUUCAAGAUUUUACUGAACAUUUGAUACAAAAUUUUAGUUUUUUAAACAAAGUUACCAUUGGACUUGGCGAAAGUCGCUUGACAAGCGAAUAACAUCUGAAAUUUUAAUUAGGUCAUAUCUUAAAAUAUAAACAAGCCGACCUGGAGUCUGUUUUCGUAUGCUACUGUUGCAGAUAAUAAAUGAAAAAUCAUAUCUAAAUAUUCAGCCUCAUUUUCAUUUUUGUAGAAAACUAAAUUAGAAUCAUAUUUGUUUUCAAUUUUUCGUUUGAAUUUAUUUUAACAUACGAUCUCUAAUAUUCCGACUCAAUCGAAAAAUUAGAUUACUAUUUUGAAAUCAGACAUAAGUUGGACACGACCUAAAACACAUAUAAGGGUGGUAAUCAGGUGUAAAUUUCACAGUUUUUUUUGUUUCUCCGUUUAAUUUACUGUUAAAUUAGCUAACCUCUCUACACAAACCAAUUGUUUCUACCUUUUGCUUAAAGUGAAUAAUACAUCACGUAAAUGGAAUGCACCGGUCUUGAAGCAAGCAUCUUUUAGUAUAAGAAAAAAUUAGCUAAUCUUUAGAUUGAUUG